AUGAUGAAGAGGGUAGAACAUGGCUAUGAUAGUUACCAUGGUUACCAUGGAGACAUCAGAAUAGAACUGUAUCACAAACCUAACAAGAUGAUGAAGAGGGAGAAAUGGGGUAGCAACGGUGGGUGUUGCGCUACAAACUUUAUGACAGACAGACUAGCGCCGGGCUGUCGAACGGUGGUCCUGAGGCUGAGGAAAGACCAAAUUGACAAGGACAAGAGCAACAAACUCUUUUUACCUAGCAUCAAGGCAUGGCACAUACCACAACGUACAGAAGGCCUAAAUGCCAAGCCGGUGGAUUCCCUGCAUAUCAACAAAGUGAAACCUGUGCAGAAGGCUACUAAGCGGAUACGUGUGGCGCAAGCCGGCGUCGUGCCCAACCUGUACUGCCCAGUGCCCCAACCCAUAGCAAGCGCAGAAUUCACCACAUCGCUGAUGGAGCAGCUAGGUGCUGCUAACAGUGACGUACAGAUCCUGAAGGUCCUGCCCAAGUCUCCCAACCCUCCAUCUGUCCCCAGCAAGUUUGGCGCGGUUCCCCAUGGAUCAGUCCUCUCCUACCAACAGAAACCACAACAAAAGAAUGGAGAUAUCAUCAAUCACCCAUGCAAACCUACAUACCCGGCUUUCCCAGUACCACCACUACCAUCUACAUAUCAUCAUGUCCCCAGUCAAACAGAACAAGAAGUCUACCUUGGCUUACACCUCACACUGUCACAGGCACACGAGGUGGAGGAAAACACGAGAGACCAAAGUCACAACAAGAUAUGGCACGAUGUCCGGAAACACAGACUAACAUCCUCCAUCUUCAAGCAGGUGUGUUCCAGGAAGAAGGACCAUUCCAGUCUGGCUCAAAGAUUCCUGUCAGCCAAAAACAUACAAACAGCUGCAAUGAAGUUCGGAAUUGAACAUGAGCCAGAAGCCGCCAAACUCUACGCUGAAGUGACAGGUAAUAAUGUCUACCUGAGCGGGUUUGCGAUAAACCCCUCAGCCCCACACCUCGGAGCAUCGCCAGACAGGAGGUGUACGAGCAUAAUGCUACAGAUCCACAUGGUCUGCUAG